UUUAUAUCGGAAUUUCUGCAUCAGAACGGCAAGUUGGUCGGCUAACAUCAUCCUAAUCAGCGUCUUUGUUACCGUUUAUUUCACGUCAUUUGAUUUCGACCCGUUCUGCGCAUUUGAACGUUGCCAACUUCGUCGCGAUAGUAAGCGAUGUAGCCUGCACCGAUGUCGGGCCUUUCUUUGACCCAUGUUGCCAUUUUGCCAUACGUCGGUGCGUGUGGUUGCGUUCAAGAGUGCUCACAUAAUUUCGUGAAUAUCUUUGGCUUCUGGCGUCAAGCUGCAAUUAACGUCGCUUUUUCGAAAGGACCACGGAGUCACCGAAAGAAUGCUGGCUGCUCAUUUUUGUAGGAUAUUCCCGUGGCUCGUGGUUAGAACAACGCUGGAACGUAUAGCCGGGUCAAGCUACGUUUCCCCGCAGACGACAGGACUUCCCCGUCGCUCUUGGUUCGAAGAACGGGGGGACGAACAGCCCGGCCAAGCUACGCUUCCCAAGAACAAGGUAGUCGCCGCGAGUCGACGCACCUGCGUGGUGUUCCAGGCACGGUCUCGGGCCUCCACUCCCCAUCGAGGGCGCUCUCCUGGCCGGUCAAUGACGCUGACAACAUCUACGAAAAUAUCUUGGGGCGCGUGAGAGCAGCCAUGGUGCAACACCCGAUUUAUUCAGCGACUUGUGGACGAGUUGUUGGUAGCUGUUUGCCAAGAGUGGGAGCAUUUUAGAGCAAGUAGCCUUGUGCCUGCCCUGUAUUCUUCAAUACUGUCUGGAAUGGCAGCAGUUGUUGCUGAGAAAGGAGAUAUGACAAAAUACUAAAGAAAAUCAAGCAGCGAAUAAUUGCAAUUUCUAUCUGUCGCUUCAGUGUUCCAACAUUUCUUGAAAAGUGCACAAAAUAAAAGUUUGGA